AAAAGAAAUUAUCAACUUCCGGAAAGCGAUGGCCGACUAUGGACAUUCGGUGAUUCUAUAAUGAGUUGCACACUAACUUUCUUGCUCCGCACCAUUUUGUUAUUUUACUUUCUGAAACUUAAGCUUUUGGCUGUACGUUUCAAACCAAAAUGUGAGGUAUCAUUCAGUAAACAAUUCUACGUUACUGGAUUAAGCGAUUCGACAGAAUAUAAUGUGGAGUUGGCGAAAACAUCCUGCCCUAGUCAUGGCCACGAAACCAGUGAAGCGAAUUAUUUACUUCACGUUUGUUUAUGGCUCGGAGUCGAAAACAUUGGCAAGACGACUGUAUCUACGAUACUACAAGCAAAAUCAGAUAUAACCACUCUUAGUUUACACCCAGUUUCUAUGGAAAUAAGGCAGUUGCAGCAAGACCAUAGGAUCAAAGGACAAUCGUGCUUUCAUUUACAAUCGCCUUGUGUCAAUUAUAAAGCUAUUAAUGGCUAUGCCUAUGGUUAUCGAAUCAUAUCUGCUCUCAUUACAACACUAUCAGAAGGAACCUUUCCACGUCGUAAAACCUUUGCUCACAGAAAACCGAAAAUGUCCGCUUCACGCUGUUUAUAUUAUCCAAAUUCGUGCGCUUCAUGUCAACUGCUUCUGCAAGGAGGUGACAUUUCAACUAAUCUUGGACCAGAUCAAAGCUCGAGAGCUAAAAAGACUACAAGUUCUCCACCGUGUCCUGAGUGCAAUAAACGCGUUCAAACCAACCAUAGACGUUUCAUGUGCACUAAAUGUUUCGACUUGUACCAUGCUAAAUGCACUAACAUUUCUGUUGUUCAGUUAAAGAAAAUCAAAUCUGAUACGCCCAAAGAUUGGAUAUGUACUCAAUGUUUACAUACGCAAUAUCCGCUUAAUUGUUGUGAUGAAAAGGAUAUCUCUUUUGACUCUCGGCCAUUAGUCGAUGAGAUUGACGGGAAUCCAUUAUCUUCUGGGAGCGCAGACGAACACCACGAACUGCUAAGUAGCAGACCAAAUCAAUUAAACAUUUUACAUCUUAAUACCCAGAGUAUGCUUUCCACCUUCGAUGAGUUACUGGUUACAAUCAAAGAGUACUCAUUUCAUGUUAUAGCGAUGAGUGAAACUUGGCUCAAAAACAAUCCACAUUUACUAAAUUACGUAAUAAUACCUGGCUACUCAAUUUUGUAUCGUAAUCGUGAUAAUAUACGUGGCGGCGGGAUAGGAAUCUACAUAAAGGAAUCACUAAAGUUCAAAAGAAGAGCCGAUGUCGAGAAAAUUGAACCUGAGUUAGAACAUAUUUGGCUAGAAAUUAAUGGCCGUACUAAGCACAGUAAACUACUUUUAGUAGUGAUGUAUCGUUCUAAUCGUAUGCAAGCCUAUCAGACCUGGCUUGGUAAAACUGAAAAUUUAAUUAGCCAAUUGAACAUAAAUUGGGAUGGACUUCUGAUGAUUACUGGAGACUUUAACAUAGAUUUAUUGAAACCUGAAGAGCUUAUAGUCAAGCAAUAUACGGACAUGCUGGAUUCCUUUAAUUUACAUCAAUUAGUAAAGAUCUCUACUCGUGUAACAUCAAAAUCAAAAACGUUGAUCGACCACAUAAUUACCAAUAUGCCAAGUCAUAUUACAUAUACGUCAGUGUUACCAUAUCCAACAAUUAGCGACCACGAUGCCCCGUAUGCUUGUGUGAAUAUACGAGUAACUCGAUUUCAGCCACGAUUUUGAUCCGUGAUGAGAAACAUUUUGAUAACAAAGCGUUUAUCGAAGAUUUUUCCACAUUACCAUUUGUGAUCCACUCAUCUACAACACAGACGAUCCUGACGACAAACUUGAUCUUUUUAACUCCUUGUUUAAAUGUGUUAUUUGCUUCUCACUUUCAUUAACUUUUGAUAGUUUUAUUUCUUAUAGUAUAAUUCGUAUAAUAUAAACUCAUAACAUGUAUAUACUUUGCCUCCAAAAUCCCGUGUCCUACACUAUAUUUCGCGCCCUUCUUCUUCGUUGUCAUUUUCCCCUGUCCGAGCAAAUAUAACUAAAAUAUUAAUGUCAACAGUAAAUGUCCAACAAAAUGUUGUAUCGAUCGACAUGCUCCAUUGCGGAAAACGAAACUAACAAGACCUCCAGCACCAUGGCUCAAUUCUGAAGACAUACGUCAACUCCAGACUGAAAUAAAUAAAUUGAGAUAUCUAGCUCACAAAGCUCAAUCGAAUGUCGUAUGGCAAGCCUUCCGUGAUAUACGGAAUAGAAUUAAAACCACUGUCAAGAAGUUGAAACGAUCGUUUUACCAAAAAGCGCUGUCCUCUAAAAAGCCCAAAGAUCUUUGGAAAAUUAUUCAUCGCAUUCUCCACCCGAAUCCAAAGCCAUUAAACAUCGAUCCAAAUAUACUGAACGAUCAUUUCAGUUCCACUACACAACGUGUCCUUGGUACAACUCCAACAUCUUACGAUAGCCUCGAGGAAAUGAUUGCUUCUCUACCAUAUUGCAGGGCUGAUACAUUUUCCCUGCGUAAAGUUACCCAUGGAGAGGUAUUGCAACUAUUGAAAUCAAUGAGAUCUGACAGUUCAACAGGACCGGAUCAAAUACCCGUGCAGUUUAUCAAAUUAGUCGCAGAUAUCAUUGUCUCACCAAUAUCCCAUAUCCUUAAUAAGUAUAUACUGAGAAACUCUUUUCCCUCAGCCUGGAAGAUUGCCCGUGUAUCUCCAAUACCAAAGAAUGAUUCACCAACAAAUGCAGACCAUUAUCGACCUAUCUCCGUGCUUCCCGCGCUUUCGAAGAUAUACGAACGGCUUGCACUUACACAACUAUUAGAAUAUAUUCAACAACAUCAUAUAUUACAAGAUACGGUUUCUGGAUAUCGGAAGGGACACUCAACAGGUACGAUUCUGCUGCGAAUUAGAGAUGAUAUAAUUAAGGCAAUGAAAAAAGGCGAGAUAACUUUGAUUGCCUUUGCUGAUUUUUCAAAGGCUUUUGAUACUGUCGAUUACUGCACCAUCAUAAAACGACUUCAUGGAAUUGGAUUCUCAUAGGGUGCUUUAAACUGGAUCCUUAACUAUCUCAGUGGCAGAAAUCAAUGUGUACAAGUUGAUGAUAAACAAUCAGAUACUCGUGAAGUUCAUUUUGGUGUACCGCAGGGCUCCAUUCUGGGACCAGUGUUGUUUAACCUCUAUGUAAACAAUUUACAAAAUAUCCUUGACUGUCCAUCUUUUCAAUACGCGGAUGACACUACAAUCUACGAUCAUUGCCUACCACAAGACUUUACUGACACCGUAUACAAGAUGAAUGCCAACAUCUCCAACUUGGAGGACUGGGCUACCCAAUCGAAUCUUAUGCUGAAUGGAUCUAAGACCAAGCAGAUGUUGAUUACAACUCCGCAAAUGUCCACAUCGCACGUUCUUAGGGACAUAGUUCCAACAAUCACUGCCAAUGGAGAAGUACUCGAAAGAACAUCAUCAUUCAAAAUUCUCGGUACAUGGUUAAACGAACAUCACUGCAUGAAAAGCCAAGUGUUCAGAUGUGAAUACGUGUAA